GGGGUUUGCCGUAGUAAGCUUGUGACUUCUGACAUUCUUCUGUCUCGUGUUUCGCUCGUGGCAGUGACCCUCGUGAAUACCCCGAUCUAUCCCUCAUCUUCCCCAUUCUUUCUUUGUCCACUUUGCUAUUCGACGUGUUCAUCAGUGUCGCUCGCCAAGAUGUCAAAGUCCUUCUCCACGGCCGAUGUGGCCGCUCACAAUAAGCCAAAUGAUCUGUACAUCAUCGUCGACCAAGAUGUGUACGAUCUGACUGCAUUCGCGGACGAGCAUCCUGGCGGCAAGAAGAUCCUGCAACGAGUCGCAGGCAAAGACGCCAGCAAGCAGUUCUGGAAGUACCACAAUGAGAGCAUUCUCAAGAAGUACCAACCAAAACUGCAAGUCGGCUCCCUCGACAGCAAGCCAAAGCCUGAGCCCAAGCAAGCACCAACUCCUCCUCCAUCACCUCCGGCGAAGAAAGAGGCAGUUGUGCCAAAAGCAGAGUCCGGCACAAUCUCCAUCGCUCCAGGCCCAGCAGCAGAAGAGGAGGCAGAGGCACUCGACUCCUUCGGCGACCUCGUACCUUACGCAGACCCGAACUGGUACCAAAGCUACCACUCUCCAUACUUCAACCAGACACACGCCGACCUCCGAGCUGAAAUCCGACAAUGGGUAGAAGACGAGAUCAUGCCAAACGUGACAGAGUGGGAUGAGGCGAAGAAGGUGCCAGAUGAGAUCUACAAGCAGAUGGGUACACGAGGUUACCUCGCAGGUACAUUGGGACUGCACAACUUCCCAAGCCACAUCUCGCCAUACAAGGUCAAGUCUGUGCCUCCGGAGAAGUGGGAUCUGUUCCACGAGAUGCUUCUCACUGACGAGCUUUCGCGAACUGGCUCGGGUGGUUUUGUCUGGAAUGUCCUUGGUGGAUUCGGUAUUGGAUGUCCGCCGGUCGUGAAGGCUGGUAAGAAGGAGCUCGUCGAGCGCAUCUUGCCUGGUAUUCUUGCUGGUGACAAGCGUAUCUGUCUUGCGAUCACUGAGCCUGAUGCUGGAUCUGAUGUGGCCAACUUGACUUGCGAGGCCAAGCUGAGCGAGGAUGGCAAGCACUACAUCGUCAACGGCGAGAAGAAAUGGAUCACAAACGGUAUCUGGUGCGACUACUUCACCACUGCCGUCCGCACAGGCGGCGAGGGCAUGAACGGUGUCUCCGUCCUGCUCAUCGAGCGCGAGUUCGAGGGUGUCAGCACCCGCCGCAUGGACUGCCAAGGUGUCUGGAGUUCCGGAACCACAUACAUCACAUUCGAAGAUGUCAAGGUCCCAGUCGAGAACUUGAUCGGCAAGGAGAACCAAGGUUUCAAGGUCAUCAUGACCAACUUCAACCACGAGCGUAUCGGCAUCAUCAUCCAAUGCUUGCGAUUCAGCCGUGUCUGCUACGAGGAGAGCAUGAAGUACGCUCACAAGCGUAAGACCUUUGGCAAGAAACUCAUCGACCACCCUGUCAUCCGACUGAAGCUCGCACAUAUGGCUCGCCAGAUCGAGGCCUCAUACAGCUGGCUCGAGAACAUGAUCUACCAAUGCCAGAAGAUGAACGAGACCGAAGCCAUGCUGAAGCUCGGAGGCGCCAUCGCCGGUCUCAAAGCCCAAGCCACCACCACAUUCGAAUUCUGCGCGCGUGAAGCUUCCCAGAUCUUCGGUGGUCUAUCUUACAGCCGAGGCGGUCAAGGUGCAAAGGUCGAGAGACUGUACCGUGAUGUGCGUGCAUAUGCCAUUCCAGGUGGUAGCGAGGAGAUCAUGUUGGAUCUUAGCAUUCGACAGGCGUUGCGUGUGCACCAAGUGCUCGGCAUGAAGCUAUAG